UUGAUGACGUUUGUCGUGACUGCUGCUGCACCCACAACAAGCCUGUCACUUCACUCAGUCCCUGGUUAUUACUCUGAGUUUUUAUCAAACCAUCACGACAUCUGGACUCGGUUGAUUCGAUAAAGCACAGCUAUGUGCAGCUGUGUGCGGGGCUCCAGGGCUCUGUCCCCUGUCCUUCUCCCCCGGCUGCUGCUGCCCCACACGGGGUACAGGUCAGCCAGCAGGGGCCUCUGGACUUCCCCCCACUGCAUGACUGUGAGUGGAGACUCCCAGCCGCUGCCCCUGCCCAGCCAGGCCCGGGUGGUGAUCUGUGGAGGAGGCAUUGUGGGAACAUCAGUGGCCUACCAUCUGGCCAAACUGGGCUGGACUGACAUCGUGCUGCUGGAGCAGGGCAGACUCGGGGCAGGAACAACGAGACUGUGUGCUGGCAUAGUCAGCGUGGCGAAGCCUAUUUCCAUUGAGUGUCAAAUGGCAAACUACUCCAACAAUCUUUACCAGCAGCUGGAGGAGGAGACUGGAGUGAAAACAGGGUACAUCAAGACGGGUUCUCUGUGUCUGGCCCAAAAUCAGGAUCGCUUUCUCUCUUUGAAACGUCUGGCGUCCAGACUAAGGGUGAUGGGGAUCAGCUGUAACAUCAUUAAGCCUAAAGAGGUGGCUAAACUCCACCCUCUUGUGAACAUCCAUGAUCUGGUGGGGGCGCUCCACCUUCCUGCAGAUGCUGUGGUAUCUCCUCCUGAUGUCAACCACGCCCUGGCUGUGGCUGCUGCUGGACACGGGGUUCAGAUCUUGGACCGAACCAGUGUCCAGCAGGUUCUGGUGGAGAAGGGUCAAGUGAUGGCGGUGGAAACUGACCGUGGCUCCAUCGAGUGUGAAUAUUUUGUCAACUGUGCCGGACAGUGGGCCUACGAGCUGGGCCAGGCGAGUGAGACCAAGGUGUCAGUUCCUCUUCAUGGCUGUGAACACUUCUAUCUCCUCACCAAACCCCUGCAGGGGUCCCUACCGCCCGGCAUGCCAGUGGUCAUCGAUAUGGACGGAAGGAUAUACGUACGGCCAUGGCAGGGAGGCCUUCUGUCCGGGGGCUUUGAGAAGAACCCCAAGCCUAUUUUCACUGAGGGCCGGAACCAGCUGGAGAUCCAGAACAUGCAGGAGGACUGGGACCACUUUG